GAGGAGUUUCCAGAUUGGGAUUAGGGCAGGUUUCACCUCCGUGUCCGCUGCCGACCAUAUGAAGGAGUUGUGUCAACUUUAUUAUUGUUGAAGUGGGACAGCCAGUGCGGAGUCUGGACGCGGAUCUUUACCCCUGAAUGUGUGCGGUUGUGCUGCGUUAAACACCCGCAGCUGCGUUCACCGUGCGCUCCCGUUUGGAUUCGUGCGUGUCUCACGCUUCGACAACAGGACAAGAAUGAGCUCCUCGCCCUUCUAGCAACUCGUCCCACUUAAGGAUGGCUCAGAGAAGGUUCGUACGUGUCCUUUAUCUUCCUGUGGGUGUGGUUGCACCCGUGAGCAGUCAGAACCUUUAGCUUCACAUGACAUGAUUUAACCCAUGUGAUCUGGUCACCAUGAUGGCCUCUGUGGUUGCCAAUGGAAACCAAGAUGGUCAGUCGCUGGUGUUGAAUGGGGUGGACCCAGAGACCUGCAUGAUCGUGUUCAAAAACCACUGGGCUCAGGUUGUGAAGAUCCUCGAGAAGCACGAUCCUCUGCGCAGCAGCUCUAUGCACCCCACCCUGAGUGUCAUCAACCUCGGCGUUGGCUCUGGCGGCGUGCAUCGCUUCGGACCGAUCCCCGGUGAUGAGGCGAGUGCCGUGCAGAACUAUGUGGAGCACAUGCUUUUUCUGCUGAUGGAGGAGGAAAGUGGUCAGGGUGGGUGCAUGGGACCCAUCCUGGAGUUCGUGGUGAUGGAGAACGUGAUGGAGCGUCUCUUUGUGUGGAGCCUGAGGAGGGAGUUCACCGACGAAAUGAAACUGGAGCAGCUGAAGAUGUACGAGAUGCUGGUGGGCCAGGCACGCCAGCCCCUGCUGCAUCACAAGCCCAUCCUGCGGCCACUCAUGAUGCUGCUGUCCUCCUGCUCGGGCACCGCGGCGCCCGCGGUGGAAGCUGAGCUGGUGCUGCUGCUCAACCAGCUCUGCUGCAUCCUGGCAAAGGACCCUUCCAUUCUGGAGCUGUUUUUCCACACCAGUGAAGAUCAGGGAGCUACAAACUUCCUCAUCUUCUCCCUCCUCAUUCCGUACAUUCACAGGGAGGGCACGGUGGGCCAGCAGGCAAGAGACGCCCUGCUGCUAAUCAUGUCACUGUCUGCUGAGAAUGAGCGAGUGGCCAGACACGUCGUAGAGAACACCUACUUUUGCCCGGUGCUGGCCACAGGGUUGAGUGGCCUUUACUCGUCUCUUCCCACCAAGCUGGAGGUUCCUAAUGAAGAGUGGCACUGCCUUCACAAAGUUGACUGGAUGCGGAUGCCGUCGCUCGUCCAGUUCCUGAACUCACUGGAGUUCUGCAACGCUGUAAUUCAGGUGGCUCAUCCUUCCAUCAAGGACCAGCUGGUGGCUUACAUCUAUAAUGGUUUCCUUGUGCCGGUCCUAGCGCCAGCCCUGCACAAGCUCACGUUAGAGGAAGUGAUGACCACCACGGCGUACCUCGACCUCUUCUUGAGGAGUAUAUCUGAGACGUCUCUGCUGCAAACCUUCCUCUCCUUUAUUCUCCUCCAUCAACACGAGAGCGUCUAUAUUUUGGACACACUGGUCAGCCGUAUCAACACACCUUUCCAGUUGGGGACAGUCUCAAUGGCCCUUUUUCGCACUCUCAUUGGUUUCUACUGUGAAGAUGUGAUGCUGCAGCUCAUACUGAGGUACUUGAUCCCCUGCAACCACAUGAUGUUGAGUCAGAGGCGUGUGGUGAGAGAGAGGGACUUCUAUUCAACGUCAGCAGCCAAGAUGCUGGCACUCACGCCAUCCUGCUGCUCUCCUGAUCACAGCCCCCCGCCGCUCCGACAGUUGGACUCCAUCCUUUUUUCUAAGGGGGGUGCAGAUACUCCCAACAGCUCCAGCACUGCAGAUGAACAGAAAAGCUUCUCCGAGGAGGAUGACAGUUCUGGAAAUUCCUGCACCAUUGGCUCAGAAAUCUACCUGGAUGUGAGUUAUCUUCAUUACCUCUACGACGCCCGGCUCAGCAUCAGCAGCUGCAUACGGGCUUGUCAGGUUUGGUCAGCCCUGUACGACGCAGAGGACCCUCCUCCUGAGAAAUACCAGCCAGGUGUCCUCGAGGAGCCGACGCUGGAGGGCCGACAAACCCAGACAGCUCUGAAGAGAGUCCCGAAGCUGCUGGUGUCAAACGCUCGGUCUGGUUUGCCACGGGGAGAGCCGCCCUCAAUCCACCAGCUGGAGCUGGAGUGGGAUGAUAGUUACGAUGCGUGUCCGGUGCAGACGACCGAGACUCCCGUAGAGGGCAAACCUGCACAUCUGUCUCCAUCUGAGCCUCCAAAACACAUCCAGGAGAUGAGGAGAACCGCCAUCAUGCUGGUGAAAGGCUCUUACAUCGAGGAAAACGAGUUCCAAGAUGACGUCAUGGUGUACAAUCUUGUUGCAAAGAAAGACAGCUCCGAGGCUGAGCACGCAGAGGAAACACAGUCCGAUCCAGCACAUGCCCCCCUAAGAAAUGGGUUAACACUUCCCACCUCUUUGGUGUCUGAUAAUGACAAGAACAGCCUGAAAGCAAAGGCCAAAGGUCAGACGGAUUGUAAUGGAAACCUCCAAAACGCGACUCCCGUUGAGUCGGGCGAGGAUUUUUUAGCUCAGUACGAGGAGCUGAUUUGUAUUUUGGACUCAGAAGGACGUGGGAAACGGGUCAAAGGUGAUAGAGAGUUAAAUAAACCCGUCUCACCUGUAGAGGAGGAGGAGGAGGAAGAGAUGGACUUCAUGUCCUUUACUGCUGAAACACCAGAACCAGAGAAACUGCAGUCCCCAUUUGGGACAGUUCAGAGGCUUCGCAGUGGAAGUUCAAAUCGAUGUUAUUCAGUUCCUUUUACAGGUCCCUUUAUAAGUGUGCUGUUCUCUCGUUUGGAAAACAUGCUUACCAACCCGCUUCACGUCAAUCUGUUGCUGACCGGCAUCCUGGCCCAGUUGGCCGCGUACCCCCAGCCCCUCCUUCGCUCAUUUCUCCUCAACACCAACUUGGUUUUUCAGCCGACGGUUCGCUCUCUUUACCAGGUGCUCGCUACAGUGAAGAGCCAGAUAGAAGAGCUGAGUGCGAGCAGGCUGGACUUUCCAGAGAGGAUCACUGCUGCGCAGCAUUGGCUGUUAGCGAGGGAGGCUUCGUUCACAGCUACAGAUAAAGGUGGCAGCUGUGGCUCCAGGCAGCAGGAUGGAGGGAGGAUCUUGAAGAGUUCUCCUCCACCCAAACCCAAAGCCAUCUCUCUGGAUCAGACAGAGGUCUUCGCUACCGUCCUCUUCGCCGAGUUCCUUAAAGAACUAUCUGCAAUCACACAGGAGCACUCCAUCUUAUCUUACAUUCCUGUGGAAGAGUAGUAGUCCACCAAGCCAUUGUGAAUAACUCGCUUGGUAAACUUUCAUUGUCUCUUUCAGGAACUACUUGAUGAAUCAAACCAGUGACUUUUUUUCAACUAUAUAAAAACUAUUUAUUUUUUCUGAGCAGAAUGAUCCACUAUUUGUGUGAUUUAAUUUUAUCAGUCUGUUAAACGUUUGGCAGCCAAAUGUGAGCGAUCUCCUUCAUUUAUGCAAACUCCAGGUCCACUGACCAAAGACUGUCGAGCUGCGUUUUUGUUUCAGUAAAUAUCUGCCCCUUUUGGGUUUGUCUUCUGCAACCAGCUUAACCACGAUGUGCAGCUCAGCGUGGUUCUUUAAAGCACUCAGGUGGCCUUCAGAGGAGUUACGUCUAUGCAUCUGGACAAUGGACUUGACUGGCAGCAGAAACACAUCCAGGCCAACACUUAAGCCCGGUUCACAGGGCAGGACGCUCAUGGCUGUUUGUGUCCAGCACACUAUUACCGUAAAACCUUAAAGAUAAUCUUGUCAGAUAAUCCUACCUCUUGUGGUACGAGUGGUACAAAAGAACGUGGUGCCUGUUGAAUGUGACGUUUAGCCAAUCAGAGAGCGAGGUGAUGGAAGCAUGUAGCACGAACCUCCUCCACCAUGUUUGUUCACCAUGAAGUCACAUUUUAUUCCACAAGAAUUCCCGUCUGAGUGGAAUAUAUCUGAGUGUGCAGUGAGAAGUAUUUGUCCAAUUGCUGCAUACCACACACUGUCAGACUAUUAAGACAUAUCCAUGAUUUUUUAUCACCGUGUGUGUCAUCCCACGGUUUGAAAAUUGCCAGACAAUUUAAAAAUCCUGCCUUGUGAGCCGUGCGUCAUCCAUUACAGUCCAACAACAUACAGCCAACACGGUAAAUCAGGCCCAGCCAGGGUGUCACAUGAUGCAUCACAUCCUUCGUUUGCAAAUGGGAUUUAGGAUUGUAAUGUUUAACCUCCUAAUAAAGAUAAAAUUAUUAUCUGACGCAGGAGACAACUGCUAGUCAGUGACGGAGACGGGCCAGGGAGCAUUUCAGUAACUAAUGAUAAUGAUUGAUUGAAAUUUGUUUCAAUAAGGUUGGCUUAAAACUGCAGAAUUGUGUCCAAGCUCUCCCAAAUUAUGUUCACCCAGCCAAAGCAAGUCAUACUGGCUAAAUCAGAAUCAAAACCCUCCAGGUGUGUGGGAAAACGCUGAGAUUGACGACACCAUUUUUGUUGCCACCUGGUCUGCUUCAUCAGUGGUAUAAUGAUGCAUGAAUGAAUAACCAUAUAUAAUAGAAUACAUAAUGAACCGGCUGUGUAAAGCUUCAGAAGAUGGUGUGAGCACGAUGUUUUUAACAAUUCAAUUGAUGUCUUCAGAUGGCCAUUUAGCGGUUAGGCCCACGUUGACUAGCUGUUAGCAUUUCAAUCUAACCAGAAUCAAGAAUAGCUCUAAUUCUGAUAGUUCAAAGAGUGGGUACCUUUGCCCAGAACAUCACUCCAAAAGAGCUAAUGGAUCUCUAAACUCCACAAAGUUAAUUUAGGCAAUUCCUUGAUUGGGAAUGGUUGGGUGUUUUUCUGCUGAGUAUGGUGGUACCUCAGGAGUCCUUAAACACGUUUUCUUGUUUUUCAUUGAACAGCUGUGGAUGAAGGUGUUUUCUAGACAAAGACAGAAACUAUAGGCAGGUUGAUCAAUGCUGUAUGAAAUUAGCCUUUUAGAGAUGCGUAAUAAUAAUAAUAAUAAUAAACAUCUUGUAUGGAAAAGGUUCCGCUGUAGGAACGCUUUGCAAAUCAAGUAUAUUAAUAUUGAACCUUUUGUGAUGAUGGGUUGGGGUAUUUAAACUCUUCUCUUCUUGUUUUUACUUAUUAUUGGGGACAAUAAUGUGUUUUUAAAGCUGUGAUAAGUCUAAAGUCUCACUUCUGGGAGCGUUUUAGUUCUUUAUCUGUUGAAAACAAAUCAAGUGUAAAAUGAACCUGGAGCAACAAUUUUUAAGAUGCCUUUAUUUGUUUAAUCCUUUCAUUGUAAGUGGUUGAUAAGUAUGGAUGCAAAUGAGAUUGCAUUCUUACAAAACCCCACUCCCCAAACCAGAACUAAACACUCAUGAUUAAGAUUUUAUUACAAGUUCACAUUUGGUCUGUUCUAUUUCAUCAUAAAUGAGUUCUCUAUUUCUACAUUGGUCUAUCAUAAAGAGGUUUUCUUUCAUAGCAAACCCAGUUUUAAGGAAUCAGAAUUUUGUAAAAAUGUCAAUGUUCAUUUUAUCCUGAAGAUUGGAACAUUUCUAAAAAUGAUCUCAACACAGUUUUUAUUCUGUUCUUCAGUUUAGUAAAAAGCUGAUUUCUAGGUAGAUCCUUCUCAUUCCCGGGGUCUUUGAGGGUUGGACUUCAACAUUCAGAUGCUAGGUACUGUAAUGUCUUUAAUAGAUCUAAAAAGAUCAAUUGUGCCAUCAAAGAAACUGAUUAAGAUCAUUGAAUUUAUUCUCAUCUCAACUUUUAACUUAUGGUUUUGAUAAUAAAAGAUUUCUAGUUAAAUUCUA